AUGAUUCUUGAUACAAAUGGACGACUGGGAAUAGGUACAACAACACCAAGUACAACUCUACACGUUAGUGGAACCAUUUCGAAUACAUUUAAUGUUGGUGGUCAGUUAUAUGCCCAAGGAACAAGCACAGCUUAUACAACAAGUCAAUUGGGUCCAGUUACAGUUAGCGUUGCUGCUAUGUUUGGUGGUCCUAUUCAAUGUUCGUCGAUUUAUUGUACAUCGGAUCGUAGAUGUAAGGACAUUAUCGACCAAUUAGACACUGAUUAUUGCGAUAAAUUCUAUGAUCUAAAUGUUUAUGAAUACAAAUACAAAGGGUCAGAUGAAACAAUUCCAAAAAUUGGUUUCAUUAGAUAUCAGAUGAACAUUGAUUAUAGUAAAAUUACAGCGAUCAACUUCUGUAUGAUAAAAAAAUUACUCAAUCGUGUGAAGCAACUUGAGAUGGAGCUAAAGCAUAGCAAUCAAAACAAGUAA